GCGUUAUUCUUUUUUUUUAGAGUAAAUAAAAUAAACGUUUGCAAUGGCGGAUGCUGCAGCAAGACAGCUCCAAUACGAAUACAAAGCCAACUCCAAUUUAGUUCUUCAAGCCGAUGUUCGUCUAAUCGAACGUAGAAGUCGCGAUGAAGCCACCGGAGAAGUUAUGUCCCUUGUGGGCAAAUUAUCAAACACGAAAAUGGGCGAUAGGGCUCAAAGAACCAAACCGGGUAAAGCGGAGGAACGUAAAGUUAAACGCCAAAAGCGAGAUGAAGCUCAAUAUGACUUUGCAAGAAUGAAAGGGGCAACUUUGUUAUCUGAAGGCGUUGAUGAAAUGGUUGGGAUUAUUUACAAACCAAAAACACAAGAAACCCGACAAACUUAUGAGGUUUUGUUAAGUUUUCUACAGGAAGCUUUAGGUGAUCAGCCUCGGGAUAUAAUAUGUGGAGCUGCAGAUGAGGUUCUCUCAGUUUUAAAAAAUGAUCGACUAAAAGAAAGAGAAAAGAAAAAAGAAACUGAACAACUGAUUGGGCCUAUUGCUGAAGAAAGAUUUGCUUUACUAGUGAAUUUAGGCAAAAAAAUUACAGAUUUUGGAUCAGAUGAUGUAAAAGCUUCCGUUGGUGAAGAAAAUAUUGAUGAGACUUAUGGAAUAAAUGUUCAGUUUGAAGAAUCAGAAGAAGAGGAUGAUGAGGACAUGUAUGGAGAAGUCCGGGAAGAGUUGGAUGAGGAAGAAGGUGAAGAGGCUAGAGAAGAUGGGGCUAUACAUGCAGAAAAUCUUGGAGUGAGUGUUGAAGAAUUGAAAAAGGAAAAGGCCCUUCACCCCAUGGACAUUGAUGCCUAUUGGCUUCAAAGGAAGCUGUCAAAGAUUUACGAUGAUGCUAUGGUGUCUCAAGCUAAAGCUACAGAAGUAUUAAAUGUGCUUCGUGAUGCAACAGAUGACAGGGAAUUUGAAAACCAACUGGUUUUGUUAUUAGGUUAUGACUGUUUUGAUUUUAUAAAACAGUUAAAAAAACACCGCAAAAUGAUUUUGUAUUGUACCCUUUUGGCAAAGUCUCAGAGUGAAUCUGAACGUCAGAAAAUCAAAGACAAAAUGUCGGAAGAUCCUAGCCUUAGUCGCAUAUUAAAACUUUUAGAAACAGGCAGAGGUGAAGAUGAAACUGGUGAUGACGAAAAAACUUCCAGAUCCAGAAAACGGAAACACAGUAGCGACGAUGACGAUGUUGAUGAUCAUGAAAAGAAACAAGUAGCUGGAAACCGCAAACUUAUCGAUUUUGAAGAUUUGCUUUUUGCUCAGGGUUCACAUUUUAUGGCGAAUAAACGUUGCCAACUGCCAGAUGGUUCUUUCAGAAAACAAAGAAAAGGUUAUGAAGAGGUGCAUGUCCCAGCAUUAAAACAGAAACCUUUUGGCGAGAAUGAGAAAUUGCAGGCAAUUGAUCAGCUUCCAAAAUAUGUGCAACCAGUCUUUCAUGGAUUUAAAACGUUGAAUCGUAUUCAGAGUCGAUUAUAUAAGGCUGCCUUGGAAGGAGACGAAAAUAUAUUGCUUUGCGCACCUACUGGAGCAGGAAAAACAAACGUAGCUCUGCUCACUAUGAUGCGCGAAAUAGGCAAACACAUCAAUUCCGACGGUACGAUCAACGCGGACGAUUUCAAAAUCAUCUAUAUCGCCCCUAUGCGCUCGCUCGUACAGGAAAUGGUGGGAAAUUUCGGUAAAAGACUGGCCAGUUACAACAUAACGGUGCACGAACUGACCGGCGACCAUCAGCUGACCAGAGAACAGAUAGCCGAAGCUCAAGUGAUCGUUUGCACACCCGAAAAAUGGGACAUCAUUACCAGGAAAGGGGGAGAGAAAACGUUUACUUCGCUGGUACGGCUGAUCAUUAUUGAUGAAAUCCAUUUGUUGCACGAUGAAAGAGGUCCGGUUUUGGAGGCUCUAGUUGCUAGAACGAUCAGGACUAUCGAAUCUACUCAAGAAGACGUCCGUCUAGUUGGAUUAUCUGCCACCCUGCCCAAUUAUCAAGACGUUGCCGCUUUUCUUCGCGUCAAACCUGAUUCCGGACUGUUUUAUUUCGAUAACAGCUUCCGACCAGUGGCUUUAGAACAGCAAUACAUCGGCGUCACAGAGAAAAAGGCCACAAAACGCUGUCAAAUAAUGAACGAGAUCGUUUACGAAAAAACAGUGGAGCACGCCGGAAAAAAUCAAGUUUUGAUUUUCGUCCAUUCCAGAAACGAAACUGGUAAAACUGCAAGAGCUAUUAGAGAUAUGUGUCUAGAAAAAGAUACUUUAGGUCAGUUCCUUCGCGAAGGUUCGGCCUCCAUGGAGGUACUACGAAGAGAAGCUGAACAAGUAAAAAAUAAUGAACUCAAAGAUUUGUUACCAUAUGGUUUUGCUAUUCAUCAUGCCGGUAUGACCAGAGUGGACAGAACGUUGGUGGAAGAUCUGUUUGGAGAUAGGCACAUUCAAGUACUUGUAUCUACCGCCACACUAGCCUGGGGUGUAAACUUACCAGCUCAUACCGUAAUUAUCAAGGGUACUCAGAUAUAUGACCCUACUAAAGGGCGUUGGGUGGAAUUGGGGGCCUUGGAUGUUUUGCAGAUGUUAGGUCGUGCCGGUCGACCUCAGUACGACACCAAAGGAGAAGGUAUACUUAUAACUAAUCAUAGUGAGCUCCAAUACUACUUGUCUUUACUCAAUCAGCAGCUCCCCAUCGAGUCCCAGCUUGUAUCCAAACUACCCGACAUGCUUAACGCCGAGAUAGUUCUCGGUACAAUUCAAAACGUUCGCGACGCUGUCACUUGGCUGGGAUACACCUACCUUUACAUCAGAAUGCUACGUCAACCGUCACUGUAUGGUAUUACACAUGAUCAGAUGAAACAUGAUCCAUUAUUAGAGCAGCAUAGGGCUGAUUUAGUACAUACAGCCGCUAUGCAUUUAGACCGAAGCGGAUUGGUGAAAUAUGACAGAAAACUUGGACAGUUUCAAGGAACGGAAUUAGGAAGAAUAGCUUCACAGUAUUAUUGUACUCACGAAACUAUGAUGACGUAUAAUCAGCUUUUAAGACCCCAUUUGAGUGACAUUGAUUUGUUUAGAGUGUUUUCUUUGUCAGGGGAGUUCAAAAAUAUAGCCGUUCGUGAAGGGGAACCCGGGGAAUUACAGAAAUUGAUGGAAAGAGUCCCUAUACCGAUCAAGGAAAGUAUGGAAGAGCCUAGUGCUAAGGUUAACGUGUUAUUGCAAGCUUACAUAUCGCAAUUGAAGCUGGAAAGUUUUGCGUUAAUGUCCGAUAUGGUGUACGUCACUCAGUCUGCUUCACGACUUAUUAGAGCGAUAUUCGAGAUUGUUUUACAUCGGGGAUGGGCUCAGCUUGCUGAUAAAGUCUUGACCUUAUGUAAAAUGGUUGAUAAGAGGAUGUGGCAGUCCAUGUCACCUCUGAGGCAGUUUAAGAAAAUGCCCGAAGAAAUAGUGAAGAAGAUCGAGAAAAAGUACUUCCCUUGGGAAAGGUUAUAUGAUUUGGGACCCAACGAAAUAGGCGAAUUAAUCCGUGUACCGAAACUUGGCAAAACUAUCCACAAAUACGUUCAUCAGUUUCCUAAACUUGAACUGUCCACCCAUAUACAACCAAUAACCAGGUCCAUGUUGAAGGUGGAGUUGACUAUCACGCCGGACUUUCAGUGGGACGAGAAAUUGCACGGUAACGCUGAGGCCUUUUGGGUUUUCGUCGAGGAUGUCGACUCGGAGGUGAUACUGCAUCACGAGUAUUUCUUGCUGAAAUCGAAAUACUGCGAAGACGAGCACUUGAUCAAGUUCUUCGUGCCCAUUUUCGAGCCGCUGGCGCCUCAUUAUUUCCUCAGGAUCGUCUCAGAUCGUUGGAUUGGGGCGGAGACGCAGUUACCGGUUUCAUUCAAACACUUGAUUCUACCCGAGAAGAACUUCCCUCCCACCGAACUUCUCGACUUGCAACCUCUACCCAUCACAGCCCUAAGAAACGAGAAAUACGAGUCCCUAUACACCGAUAAAUUCCCCCAGUUCAACCCCAUCCAAACGCAAGUCUUCAACUCGGUCUACAACGGCGACGACAACAUCUACAUAGGCGCUCCCACAGGCUCGGGCAAAACCACAAUUGCUGAAUUUGCAGUUCUCCGCCUGUUCGAGAAGAACCCCGACGGCAAAUGCGUCUAUUUGGUGCCCAAAGAUGCCCUGGCCGAACUCAUAUUCGCCGAUUGGCAUCACAAGUUCGGACAGAACCUGGGCAAGAGGGUGGUGUUGUUAACGGGUGAGACGGGUACCGACUUGAAGCUGCUGGCCAAGGGUCAGAUCGUGAUUACGACGGCGGAGAAGUGGGACGUGCUGUCCAGGAGAUGGAAACAGAGGAAGAACGUGCAGAAUGUGAAUUUGUUCAUUGUGGACGAGUUGCAUUUGAUUGGUGGUGAAGAUGGGCCUGUUAUAGAAGUCGUCUGUUCCAGAAUGAGAUAUAUCUCGUCUCAAAUCGAGAAACCAAUCAGAAUCGUAGCCCUCAGCGCUUCACUCACCGACUACAAAGAUGUAGCUCAGUGGCUGGGUUGCAACACCAACGCCACCUUCAAUUUCCAUCCCAGCGUACGACCGGUACCACUCGAAUUCCAUGUGCAAGGCUUCAAUUUAACCCAUAAUGCCUCAAGACUCAUCGCCAUGGGUAAACCAGUGUACAAUACUAUCGUCAGGCAUAGUCCACAUAAGCCUGUUAUAAUAUUUGUGCCUACUAGGAAGCAGGCCAGGCUUACAGCUAUAGAUUUAUUGACUUAUGCUGCUUCAGAAGGUCAGUCCAAUAAGUUUUUCCAUGCUGAAGAAGAGGACAUCAAACCGUUCUUGGAUAGGAUGACUGAUAAAACUUUGAAAGAAACUUUAUCACAAGGAGUAGCGUACAUGCACGAAGGUCUUACCGCUGCAGAUCUACGUUUAGUGGAACAAUUAUUCGACUCUGGAGCAGUGCAAAUAGCCGUAGUCACUCGCGAUUUAUGUUGGGCAGUCAAUAUAUUCGCUUAUUUGGUCAUCAUCAUGGACACGCAAUUUUUCAAUGGAAAAAUUCACGCCUAUGAAGAUUAUCCUAUCACUGACGUUUUACAAAUGGUCGGUAGAGCAAACAGGCCUCUGGAAGACGACGAUGCCAAAUGCGUGCUGAUGUGUCAGUCCUCAAAGAAAGAUUUCUUUAAGAAAUUCUUGAGCGAUCCUUUACCUGUGGAAAGUCAUUUGGACCACAGAUUACAUGACCACUUCAACGCCGAAAUCGUAACAAAAACUAUCGAGAACAAACAGGACGCUGUCGAUUACCUAACCUGGACGUUCCUCUACAGGCGUCUCACGCAGAAUCCCAAUUACUACAAUUUACAGGGCGUCAGUCACAGGCAUUUAUCCGAUCAUCUCUCUGAACUGGUUGAGAACACUCUGUCAGAUUUGGAACAGUCUAAAUGCAUCAGUAUCGAAGAAGAAAUGGACUGCGUGCCUUUGAAUUUGGGCAUGAUCGCUGCCUAUUAUUACAUCAAUUAUACUACCAUUGAACUGUUCAGCUUAUCGUUAAACAGCAAAACAAAGAUAAGGGGGCUGUUAGAAAUCAUAUCAUCGGCUGCAGAAUACGAAGACAUUCCAGUAAGACAUCGCGAGGAUAAUAUUUUGAGACAGUUAGCUCAAAAGUUGCCCAACAAGCUAACCUCGGUAUCUGGAGGACAACCGAAGUUCAACGAUCCUCACGUUAAAACCAAUUUACUUUUACAAGCCCAUUUAUGCAGGCUACAGUUGAGUGCAGAACUACAGGGUGAUACGGAAAUAGUCUUAGCCAAAGCCAUAAGAUUAAUCCAAGCCUGCGUCGACGUACUAAGUUCAAACGGUUGGCUAUCACCAGCUGUAGCCGCCAUGGAAUUGGCUCAAAUGGUUACGCAAGCCAUGUGGAGCAAAGAUUCCUAUCUUAAACAACUACCCUACUUCACACAGGACAUUAUCAAAAGAUGUACAGACAAGAGCGUGGAGACUGUUUUUGAUAUAAUGGAACUGGAAGAUGAAGACAGAACGAAACUUUUGGGUCUGACAGAUAGUCAGAUGGCUGAUGUAGCGAGAUUUUGCAACAGAUAUCCUAACAUUGAGCUGACCUACGAGGUGUUGGAUAAGGAUAAAAUCCAUUCAGGAUCGUCUGUUCAUGUAGCCGUUCAACUAGACAGAGAAGAUGAAGUCAAUGGCCCAGUGAUUGCACCAUUUUUCCCACAGAAACGUGAAGAAGGUUGGUGGGUAGUUAUCGGUGACCCAAAAAGCAAUUCUCUCUUAUCUAUCAAAAGGCUGACGUUACAGCAGAAGGCCAGGGUAAAACUGGACUUCGUAGCACCCAGUCCGGGCCAUCACAGCUACACCCUGUAUUUCAUGAGCGACGCUUACCUGGGAUGCGAUCAAGAGUACAAGUUCUCCAUCGAAGUUGGCGACUUUGAGUCGAGCGCCAGCGACUCUGACUAGUUUAUUAUUUAGAAAUUAAGUGAAAUAUAUAUGCAUUUGUAUUUUAUUUCGUUCUUUGUAAACUAAAAAUAUAUAAGAAUAUAGGGAUAGUAAUUAA